CGGCCGGGCCCUGUUAUCUCUUCCUCGGCGGAUCGUCCAGGGCGCGGGAAGGAAACGAGCUUCAGCUCGGCCUUGCCCUCAGCAGUCGGGACGCACACGCUUUGCGUCAUGGCGGGCUGAGACAGAUGAUGAAUUCCGGUGUACAUGUCAGGGUUGCUGUGUCACUCGGCCCGUUCGCCGUUUUCCUUCCCCGUCGCCCUUCCGCACCGGCUCUAGGGCUCUUCCGGUCCUCAGCCGCCCCUCACCUGCAGGCCCCUCGCCCGCCGCGCCCCGGCGCACUCCUGGCCUCUUCUUCGGACUGAUCUCGCGCGGUGCCUGGGCCCCGGGUGCCGGACCGACAAGGGCCAUGGCGAGCGGUGCCGCCAGGUACCGGCUGAGUUGCUCGCUCCCAGGCCACGAGCUGGAUGUGCGGGGCCUGGUAUGCAGCCUCUAUCCGCCGGGGGCCUUUGUGUCCGUGUCCCGAGACCGCACCACCCGUCUCUGGGUCCCAGACAGUCCUAACAGGGGCUUUACAGAAAUGCACUGUAUGAGUGGCCACUCCAAUUUUGUAUCUUGUGUAUGCAUCAUACCUUCAAGUGAUAUGUACCCUCAUGGACUAAUCGCCACUGGAGGAAAUGACCACAAUAUUUGUAUUUUCUCACUGGAAAGUCCAGCACCACUUUAUAUACUAAAAGGUCACAAAAAUACUGUUUGUAGUCUUUCAUCUGGAAAAUUUGGGACAUUACUUAGUGGCUCAUGGGAUACCACUGCUAAAGUGUGGCUGAAUGACAAGUGCAUGAUGACCUUACAGGGUCAUACAGCCGCAGUAUGGGCGGUAAAGAUCUUACCUGAACAGGGCUUAAUGUUAACUGGAUCAGCAGACAAGACUAUUAAGCUGUGGAAAGCUGGAAGAUGCGAGAGGACUUUUUCAGGGCAUGAAGACUGUGUACGAGGUUUAGCAAUUUUGAGUGAAACAGAAUUUCUUUCCUGUGCAAAUGAUGCUAGUAUUAGAAGGUGGCAAAUCACUGGCGAGUGUCUUGAAGUAUAUUAUGGACAUACCAACUAUAUUUAUAGCAUAUCUGUUUUUCCAAAUUGUAAAGAUUUUGUGACAACGGCAGAAGACAGAUCUCUGAGAAUCUGGAAACGUGGGGAAUGUGCCCAGACAAUCCGACUUCCAGCUCAGUCUAUAUGGUGCUGCUGUGUUCUAGCCAAUGGUGACAUUGUGGUUGGUGCGAGUGAUGGUAUUAUUAGAGUGUUUACGGAAUCAGAGGAUCGGACAGCAAGUGCUGAGGAAAUCAAGGCUUUUGAAAAAGAACUCUCUCAGGCAACCAUUGAUUCUAAAACCGGUGAUUUAGGGGACAUUAAUGCUGAGCAGCUUCCUGGGAGGGAACAUCUGAAUGAACCUGGUGCUAGAGAAGGACAGACUCGUCUAAUCAAAGAUGGGGAGAAAGUCGAAGCCUAUCAGUGGAGUGUUAGCGAAGGGAGGUGGAUAAAAAUUGGUGAUGUUGUUGGCUCAUCUGGUGCUAAUCAGCAAACAUCUGGAAAAGUUUUAUAUGAAGGAAAAGAGUUUGAUUAUGUUUUCUCAAUUGAUGUCAAUGAAGGUGGACCAUCGUAUAAAUUGCCAUAUAACGUCAGUGAUGAUCCUUGGUUAACUGCAUACAACUUCUUACAGAAGAAUGAUUUGAAUCCCAUGUUUUUGGAUCAAGUGGCUAAAUUUAUUAUUGAUAACACGAAAGGUCAAACCUUAGGACUUGGGAACACCAGUUUUUCAGAUCCUUUUACAGGUGGUGGUCGGUAUGUUCCAGGGUCUUCAUCAGGAUCUGCUAACACGCUGCCUGCGGCAGAUCCUUUUACAGGCAGUGGUCGUUAUGUGCCAGGGUCUGCCAGUAUGGGGACUACCAUGGCUGGAGCUGAUCCAUUUACAGGCAAUAGUGCCUACCGAUCAGCUGCAUCUAAGACGGUGAAUAUUUAUUUCCCUAAAAAAGAGGCUGUCACUUUUGACCAGGCAAACCCUACACAAAUAUUAGGUAAACUGAAGGAACUUAAUGGAGCUGCAUCUGAAGAGAAGAAGUUAACGGAGGAUGACUUGAUACUUCUUGAAAAGAUACUGUCUCUAAUAUGUAAUAAUUCUUCAGAAAAACCCACAGCCCAGCAACUUCAGAUUCUGUGGAAAGCUAUUUACUGGCCUGAAGAUAUUGUCUUUCCUGCACUUGACAUUCUUCGGUUGUCAAUUAAACAUCCCAGCGUGAACGAGAACUUCUGCAACGAAAAGGAAGGGGCUCAGUUCAGCAGUCAUCUUAUCAGUCUUCUGAACCCUAAAGGAAAGCCGGCAAACCAGCUGCUUGCUCUGAGGACUUUUUGCAAUUGUUUUGUUGGCCAGGCAGGACAAAAGCUCAUGAUGUCCCAAAGGGAAUCUCUAAUGUCACAUGCAAUAGAACUGAAAUCAGGGAGCAAUAAGAACAUUCACAUUGCUCUGGCUACAUUGACCCUGAACUAUUCUGUUUGUUUUCAUAAAGACCAUAACAUUGAAGGGAAAGCUCAGUGCUUGUCAGUAAUUAGCACAGUCUUGGAAGUUGUACAAGACCUCGAAGCCACUUUUAGACUCCUUGUGGCUCUUGGGACACUUAUCAGUGACGAUUUAAAUGCUGUACAGUUAGCCAAGUCUUUAGGUGUUGAUUCUCAAAUAAAAAAGUAUGCCUCAGUAUCAGAACCAGCUAAAGUAAGUGAAUGCUGUAGACUUAUCCUAAAUUUACUGUAACAAUGGGGACGGGAACUGAGAUUUUAAAUUGAUUAGUGGUUUUUUCCCUCACGUUUUACAUGACUGAGUACAGAUGUUAAAAAAAAAAAAAAAAAGGAUGCUGUGGAAUAAGUAAAAUUUCAGAUCUUGUAAAGUGGGGGAGGGUAAGAGGAGACAAAGAAGAAAUAAAAUUUUUGCACUGAUGAACUGUGAGAUUUUCCUGUGUGAUGUGGGUAAGUUUUUAGGAGUUUAGAAACAAAUUAAGAAUGAGCUAAAAUCAACAACAAUGCAACUAUUACAGUGGCAUAAUGUACAUACCUCUGCUGCAUGAAAGAAGAUAAGAGCUUUUAUUUAUAUAAUUUACUCUUGCUACUUAUAUAAUACCCCCAAACUGUUUUACUUGUUGGUGAUUGUCUUUUAUUUAAUUUCUGCUCUACUCACUUCCAUUGCUGAUUUUUUCAACAACCCCAAUACAAAGUACGUUAUAAUUUUCAAAAAUUGAGUUCUAAAUUAUUCCGUAUAUCCAAAAGAUACGAUUUGUUCAUUUAAGUUACUUGUAAAUAGAAAUUGUAUUUGUUUGAUGGCUUAUUUUUUAUUUUGAGACAGACAGAGUAUGAGCGGGAGGAGGGGCAGAGAGAGGAGACAGAGUCCCAAGCAGGCUCCAUCUCACAAACCACAAGAUCACGACCUGAGCCAAAAUCAAGAGUUGGACGCUUUACCUACUGAGCCACCCAGGCGCCCUGAUGGUUCAUUUUUACAUGAAGGAAAAGCAACCUACUAAGCUGUGUUAGGUUGUGUAUCAUUUCAGAUAGAUGAGGCCCCAAACAAAUUAACUCCAGGCUUGUGCUCCAGUUUCUUUUGCCCCUCUCUAUUGGAGGUAACUUCAUUAUUCAUUCCAGUUUUGAAAUUAGUUCAUUUUUGGUCAUUUCCUUUGUCUCAAAAGGAAUUUGGAAUGUGUUGAGUUUUCGAAAGCAUUUGUGCAAGCCAGAACCAUGCUAUUUACAAGUCCAGAGCCUAUCGGGUGAAACUUACUAUUUUUGAGUUCUUAACACUGGCCAGGCACUGUGGAAACCACUUUGAUAUUUAAUUCCCAAAACCUCUUAAAUGGAGGGUGAUGUUGUCUCUAUUUUCAGAAGUAAAGAUAAUAGAAUGAAUCAUGAUAGGAGAAAAAAAGAAAAGUACUAUACUUCCUACAGAGAAAAAAAGAAAAGUACUAUACUUCCUACAGAGAAGCAUCCAUAUUUGUCUCUAAACAUCAUAGCAGAUGGAACCAAUGCACUAAUUACAUAAUUUAAUGUCUAAGAGAACUUCAGUUUCUUAAGCAUAAGUAGGAAAGAUCUUUUCACAAAGAGGACUUUGUGUAAAAUUGUGAAUAGCAUUCUCAAUAUGGAUCGUAUACAGAACCAUCAAUUUGCUGGCUUUAUUGCAGUCAAAGAAUAAUCCUUCUCCAAUAAGAGAGGAAAGGUUUUCCAUCAUCUGGAUUAAUUCAAGGAAAAACUUUUGGAAUAUCAAAAGGAAAUGGGUAAAAUAGAAAUAGAAGGAAUGUGUAUUUUGCUGAGUAUUAAGUUGCAGUUUUCUGAUAUGUACCCAGGCUUUAAAAAACCUCCAUUAGGAAUCUGUGCUUUACUGUUUGUUAAGUUUGGAUUUAAGUGGUUAAGUCAAACUUAAAUGGUGAAGUUAAGAGUUUAAUCCAGGUCAGCCUGAUUCCGUUCCAAUACACUGCUUUUCUUGUUAACAUUUCCAGUGUAGCAUGCAGUCACAAGUACAAACAAUUUAUCUACAAUAUUUUUAAAUACUAGGUAGGACCUUUCAAUGAUGGGAGAACUAAGAACAUGAGUUGACUGUUCAAAAUAAUAAGGGGUGGCAAAUUGUAAACACUGUUUGCUUCUUUUACUGUACAAGUCUUUUUUCAACAACUUUUAUAAUAUCAGUAUUUCAUGUUUAUUGAAGAAAAAUUACAAAAAACAGUUUAGCAAAAAAAAAAAGAUAAUCCCAUUUGAAAAAUAAGUGUUGUAUGAUGGUUUUGUGAUAUUUUAAAGUCUUUUUCAGUUAAACUUUUUUAAUGAUUCCCUUAUUAUUUUUUUGUGAAUAUAAAAACAUACAUUCAUUGAAUAAAACACACACAUCAAAUAAAACUUGCCUGUAAUCUGACUACCAGAGAAAACCAUUAACGUCUUUUGGUGUAUCAGUAGGUAUGUAAAUGUGUUGUUUUUUUCUGAAAGGAUUGUGUGAUACACAUUGUUCAAUAACCUGAUUUUUAAGCUUAAUAUAGUAUACAUCCACCCUAAUAAAUACAGUACAUUAUAUGGAUA